AUGUCCUACAAUCAAGGCGGCUACGGCCAGGACAACUACAACAACGGCCGUGACAACGGCCAGCAACAGCACCGCGGCGAAGCUAGCGAGUUCUACAGCCAGGGCCAAAACAACGGCUACGGCCAGGAGCAACAGCAGUACGGCGGCGGCCAGGGGCCUCCUCAAUACCAACAGUAUCCUUCCGCUGCGGCACACUCUUCGAACGGUGGCCGUAACUCCCAGAACCAGGGCUACCAAAACCAAUACAAUGGCGAGGGUGACCCAGAGGGUGACCGCGGCAUUAUGGGUGGUAUCGCGGGUGGUGCAGCCGGUGCUUUUGGUGGUCACAAGCUAGGUGGUCAAGCAGGCCACGGCACCGCAGGCACCAUCAUCGGUGCCAUAUCCGGUGCCUUCGCAGGACACAAGGCACAAGACGCGGUAGGCGACUGGAAAGACGAGCAUGAUGAGAAGAAGAAAUGGGAGAAGGAGCAGGAAGAGCAGCAAAAGUACAACCAACAGCAUCACGGCGGCCCGUCGCCCCAGCACGAACAGCGUCGCAACAGCGGCGACGAGCGUUCUCGAGGGGACUUCGGCGGCAACUUCACCGCCUCUUCGAGGGAUAUUCGCCUUGACGCCCACGGCGAGUACAACCUGCACGCCCAGUGCCGCCGUCCCGACGGCUCCUACCAGUCCAGCACCCUCAGCCUGAAUCAGAUUAUCGAGAACGAUGGUGGUAGCUUCCGCUGGUCGCAGGGUAGCAGUAACGGCGCGUCAACAUACACUGUCCAGCAAGGCGACACACUCCGCGCCAUUGCUAGCAGAUUCUCUCACUGCUCGUAUGAAGACCUCGCUAGGCACAACAACAUCAGCAACCCCGACCAGAUCUGGCCGGGCCAGAACCUGCAGGUGCCUGGCGGGGGAAGCCGUGGUGGAGGUAACUUUGGUGCGUCGGCAAGGAACGUGAGGUUGAGCCGUGGUGGGCAGGAAUUGGAGGCUGAGCUUGGCCCUCAAUGGCACACGAGGACACUCAAUUUGGAUGAGAGGAUUGGAAAUAGGAACGGAUGCCUGGAGUUCGUCUAG